AGUGGGAAAAAGGAAGCCCAGAAGAGCAGGAAGAAGAGCGCACUCCCAGCCCCUCAUUAACAAGCAGCUCCCAUAUGACGAUGACCCCCAGGGAGCACCCUUCCUCAGCCCCGCUCCAUGCCCUGCUGAUGGCAGCCGUGAAGGGUCUGACAACACCCACCCUGCAGAGAUUUAGAGCCGCAGAGGAAGAGCUGAGGGCCAUCGUAGCUCUCCACGGAGACAAGAUGGAGAGAGUUGGAGACAUCGUGGGAGGGAUCUUAAUCUGGCUCGACAACAGCUGUGAUCCCAGAGCCAGAAGAGCAGUGCUCAGGGCCAUGGCCUUGCUGGCUCGCUCCCACCCCCAGGACGUGGUUCUAACCUGUGUGGCUCACACGCUCUCAUCGCACAGGUAGGGAGCUGCUUUGUUAUCUCCUCAGUCCAGUAGUUCUCCUCCUGCUCCUACUGACAGGCCACAGGCCGGGAGGGGUCCGUGGGGCUCACACAGUUGGAGGGAGUUUCCUGCUGUGCAGAGAGCUGUCCACGCUUCCUAAGAGGAGAUGGCCAGGCCCAGCCACUAAGGAGCCAACCCCUCCUCCUACACUCCCCGGGAUGGAGACAUGCCACUUUUCUGGAGAAUUCCAGCAUUCUCCUGAUUUCUAUGGGUCACCCCACUUCCUCUCAGAUCCAGUACAGGGCCAAUCAAUGAUUUGGGGGCUCACUCAACAUCCCUGGCUCAUGAGGUCUGGCUGCUUCUUACUGCAGGAGAGAAGGCAGAGACGGAAAAGGGACAUGAGGCCCAUCUGUCUAUCCCCUGGAGACCAGUGCAGGAUUCUUACCUGUCCUAAGACCCCCCAGUUAUUCCAUGGCUGAGGAAUUGGUAACAAAAUGCACUCAUCCUUAUGGAACGGUGGGGCAGAGGUCAAUCUCUUAAAACAGACAUUUCCAGCCCUUUUUGAUGCAAAAGAAAAUAAAAUAAAAUCAACAAAAAAAUCAU